AUGGGCCACUCGUUCGUCGGCAUGAACGGUGGUCAGAUCUUCCACGAGAUGAUGUUGAGACACGGCGUCAAGCACGUCUUCGGUUACCCCGGAGGCGCCAUCUUGCCCGUCUUCGAUGCCAUCUACAACUCAGAAGCCUUCGAUUUCAUUCUUCCCCGUCACGAACAAGGUGCUGGCCACAUGGCUGAGGGCUACGCCCGUGCCUGCGGUAAGCCUGGUGUCGUUCUCGUCACAUCUGGUCCUGGAGCCACCAACGUUAUCACCCCUAUGCAAGAUGCUUUGAUGGAUGGAACUCCCAUGGUUGUCUUCUGCGGUCAGGUGCCCACCACCGCCAUCGGAUCAGACGCCUUCCAAGAGGCUGAUGUUAUCGGUAUCUCAAGAGCCUGCACAAAGUGGAACGUCAUGGUUAAGAACAUUGCCGAACUGCCGCGCAGAAUCAACGAGGCUUUCGAGAUCGCUACCUCUGGCAGACCUGGUCCCGUCUUGGUUGAUCUGCCCAAGGAUGUCACUGGUGCCAUGCUCAACCGCCCCAUUCCCAUGAGCAGCACUCUCCCUACUCACCCUAGCGCCGCCUCUCUCGCAGCAAAGGACUUGAGCAGGAAACAGCUCGACUCUGCCAUUUCCCGUACCGCUGACCUCAUCAACAUGGCCAAGAAGCCCGUCAUCUACUGCGGUGCUGGUAUCCUUGGUCACCCCGAUGGCCCCAAGCUCUUGAAGGAGCUUUCCGAAAAGGCUCAGAUCCCCGUCACUACCACUCUCCAGGGUCUCGGUGCUUAUGACGAGCUUGAUCCCAAGGCUCUCCACAUGCUCGGUAUGCACGGUUCUGCCUUUGCUAACAUGUCCAUGCAAGAGGCAGAUCUCAUUCUUGCUCUCGGCGCUCGUUUCGAUGACCGUAUCACUGGUCACGUUCCUCGCUUCGCCCCCCAGGCUCGCCUUGCCGCUGCUGAAGGCCGCGGUGGUAUUGUCCACUUCGACAUCAUGCCCAAGAACAUCAACAAGGUCGUUCAGGCCACUGAGGCUGUUGAGGGCGAUGUUACUGAGAACCUCCGCAACCUCCUUCCCCAGGUCAACACCAUUGCCGAGAACGAGCGUAAGGAGUGGUUCGCCCAGAUUGCCGACUGGAAGAAGCGUUUCCCCUGGGCUUACGAGAAGGAGAGUGGCCCUGAGUCGCUCAUCAAGCCUCAAACCGUCAUCAGUAUGCUUUCUGACUUGACUGCCCACAUCAAGGACAAGACCGUCAUCACUACUGGUGUCGGCCAACAUCAAAUGUGGACCGCUCAGCACUUCCGCUGGCGCCACCCUCGCACCAUGAUCACUUCUGGUGGUCUUGGUACGAUGGGUUACGGUCUUCCUGCCGCCAUCGGUGCCAAGGUUGCCUGCCCUGAGAAGCUUGUCAUCGACAUUGACGGUGACAGCUCUUUCUCCAUGACCUUGACUGAGCUUUCCACCGCUGCUGAGUUUAACAUCGGUUGCAAGGUUCUUGUCUUGAACAACGAGGAGCAGGGAAUGGUCACACAAUGGCAAUCCCUCUUCUACAAUGACCGCUUCGCCCACACUCACCAGCGCAACGCUGAUUUCGUCAAGCUUGGUGAUGCUAUGGGUGUUCAAGCCCGCCGCUGCACCAAGAUCGAUGACCUCAAAGACAGCCUUCAAUGGCUCAUCGAGGGCUCUGGUGAGGGUCCUGCCCUUCUUGAGGUUGUUACCGACCAGAAGAUCCCCGUCUUGCCCAUGGUUCCUGGUGGCUCUGCCCUCCACGAGUUCCUUGUCUACGACGAAGCCAAGGAGAAGGAGCGCCGUAAGCAAACAAGAGAACGCAGUGGAAGAUAA